AAGAAUCAUAGAACUUUGGUUUGGUCUAUAAAAGCACUGCUUUCUGGUUCAACUACCUAUAUCUCUGUUUUCCAAAACAUUCCAUUCUCUUUUACUUCUACACAACUUUUCUGAUCAUCAUGUAUAGAGUUGCCAGAGCAUCAGAGUAUCUGGUAAUCACCGGCAUAGGAAUUCAAGACAUAAAAAUAGCGAAAAAAGCAUGGAUUCUCCCCGGCCAAUCCUACGCUGUCUUCGACGUCUCCCCUGUAAACUACACCUUCGAAGUCCAGGCCAUGAGUGCCGAAAAACUCCCCUUUGUUCUCCCUGCAGUCUUCACCAUAGGCCCGCGUCUCGACAAUGACAGUCUUUUGAAGUACGCCAAGCUCAUUUCGCCUCAUGACAAGCUCUCCAACCACGUGAAAGAGCUUGUUCAGGGGAUCAUUGAGGGGGAGACACGAGUGCUUGCUGCUUCGAUGACUAUGGAGGAGGUUUUCAAGGGGGCUAAAGAGUUUAAGCAGGAAGUGUUUGAGAAAGUUCAACUUGAGCUGAAUCAGUUUGGGCUUUUGAUUUAUAAUGCGAAUGUUAAGCAGCUGGUGGAUGUUCCGGGGCACGAGUAUUUUUCUUAUUUGGGACAGAAGACGCAGAUGGAGGCGGCGAAUCAGGCGAAAGUUGAUGUGGCGGAGGCGAGGAUGAAGGGAGAGGUGGGAUCGAAGAUGAGGGAAGGGCAGACGCUGCAGAAUGCUGCGAAGAUUGAUGCGGAGACGAAGAUUAUAUCGACGCAGAGGCAGGGGCAGGGCAAGAAGGAGGAGAUCAGAGUGAAGGCCGAGGUGAAGGUUUUUGAGAAUGAGAGGGAGGCUGAGGUGGCUGAGGCGAAUGCUGAGCUGGCGAAGAGGAAGGCGGGGUGGUCGAGAGAGGCGCAUGUGGCGGAGGUGGAGGCGGAGAAGGCUGUGGCACUGAGGGAGGCAGAGUUGCAGAAGGAGGUGGAGAUAAUGAAUGCAUUGACUCAGACGGAGAAGCUUAAGGCCGAGUUCUUGAGCAAGGCUAGUGUUGAGUACGAAACCAAGGUACAAGAAGCAAACUGGGAGUUGUACAAGAAACAAAAGGAGGCAGAAGCAAUUCUCUACCAAAAGGAAAAAGAAGCAGAAGCUCAAAAAGCCAUAGCCGAUGCAGCAUUCUAUGCUCGACAACAAGUAGCUGAUGGAGAAUUAUACGCGAAACAAAAGGAAGCUGAAGGCCUAAUCGCGCUAGCAGAGGCACAAGGCACCUAUGUGAGCACCCUGCUGAAAGCUGUAGGAGGCAAUUACAGCGAACUCAGAGAUUACUUGAUGAUCAACGGUGGAAUGUAUCAAGAAAUCGCGAAAAUCAACAGCGAAGCAGUGAGAGGACUGCAGCCCAAGAUCAGUAUCUGGUCAAAUGGAGAAAAUAGCGGAGAUGGAAACAGCAUGAAAGGAAUUGCAGAAGUUUAUAAAAUGUUGCCACCGUUGUUUAAGACAGUGAAUGAACAAACUGGCAUGAUGCCACCAGCAUGGAUGGGCACUUUAAGCAACGACUCUUGAUUCUUGAAACCCUUCAAGACUUGAUCUCCUAUUGUUAUAUUUUAAGAUGUUUUGCUCAACGUUGUUCUCUUAUGUUGUGUGAUGUCUGAGUUCUUUUCUUCAGCUGUUUGUUAAUAAAAUUUGAAACGCUUUCAUUGUC